GAUAUGGACCGUCCAUGAGUCGGCGUAUGCGAACGUGGGUAAUUACCUAAAAACAGCGAUCGGCCAUCUUGCACUCAGUCUCCAUUUAAUAUCAUACCUCAGUGGUCCACAGUGGAAAGAGAAACCAUGAUGUCACGGACAUAGGCCGCAAAUUCUGAUCAAUCCUCUACAUUACAUUGGAAAUAAUAAUCGCACGUGUGGGGUGAAGCUGGUUGCCGCCAACAUGUCGAAAGAAUGUUUUCAAACCCAGUUCGCCUUUGUUAUGGAGAGUGUAUUGAAUACUGCAGUCACCGAGACAACGAAACUUUUUGAAAAAACUAUUGAGGAACUGCGAGCCGAAAUAUCUAGAAUAAAACAAGAGAACGAGGACCUCAAAACGAGGCUUCGAUCCCUCGAAAAUGUGAAGAAAUCGACGGGUGAAAGUGAAAGACAAACCGCAGAGCCUGGACCGAGUCAAAGAACAUCACGUAUCGGCAAACGUGACAUUGGUAUCCAAUGCGUCCUGACAGCGCAUGCUUUGCCUCGGCCUGGGGAGCUGCACCGGCGGGAGGAGAACCAGGGGACAGAGCUGCACCGGGGGGCCUACGAAGGCGAGGGCAACCCACAGACUGCCUUAGUGCUGAUCAAACAGGAGUUGGACUGGGAGGAAGACUAUUCUGAUGACUACAUCCCUGGGUACAUACUGCUGAAGAAGGAGGGGGGAGAUCUCCCGACUCUGGUCCGCAGACAACCUCUCAGAGAGUUACCAGGCAGAGCCCUGGUCCCACCUGGAGCCGUCAGAGCCCUGGUCAACCGUUACACCCAGGAAAGGCCUCCCACCACCCAGCCUACCUCAGCAGAGGCCCCUCUCCAGGGAGAUCCAGACAUCCAGGAGACCCCCCAGGCUCUCAGCCCAUCCCAGCCCAGGACCAGAGAAGAUACCAGUGCCAGUGCAGGCCAGGCCCCUGGAGCAGAACAGCAGUCACUUGUAAUACCAACAGCAGAGUCCCCAACAUUACACCAGACAGCAUCUCCUCAAUCAGCAGCCACUAUCCAGUCUACAACAACUGUCCUGUCUACUGUAAUGGCCCAGUCCACGGUAACUACUCUGUCAAAAGAAACUGUCCAGUCGACCACAGCGGUCCAGUCGACUGUAGCGGUGAAGUCGACAGCAGCAUCGUCAGAGCGCCCGCCACCUGUCAUCUCCGGGUUACCCAGAACCCCUCUUCAGAAUACACAGCCCAGCCCCUACCCCCUCGUCCAUCCCCAUCUCCUCGACCAGCACAGUCCCACACAGACGUUCUACCUGUAG